AUGUCUCAAAGAAAGGGUAAACAAGGUUCAGUUUUUGGUGCCCAUACCAGUCAUCGUAAGGGUGUCCCCAAAUUCAGAUCUUUGGAUUAUGCUGAACGUAACGGUUUCAUCCGUGGUGUCGUAACUGAAAUCAUCCACGACCCAGGAAGAGGUGCUCCAUUGGCCCGUGUCAACUUUAGAAGCACUCGUGAAUUCAAGUUGGACAAGCAAUUGUUCAUUGCCGCCGAAGGUAUGUACACUGGUCAAUACCUCUUUGCCGGUAAGAAGGCCUCCCUCACCAUUGGAAACAUUCUCCCAGUCGGCAAGAUGCCAGAAGGUACCAUUGUCUGCAACUUGGAAGAAAAGAUGGGUGAUUGUGGUGCUGUCGCCCGUUGCUCUGGAAACUAUGCUUCCAUCGUCUCUCACAACGUUGAUGAAAACGUCACCCGUAUCAAGCUCCCAUCUGGUGCCAAGAAGAACAUUCCAUCGACCUGUCGUGCUAUGGUCGGUAUCGUCGCCGGUGGUGGUCGUAUUGACAAGCCAAUGCUCAAGGCCGGAAGAGCCUACCACAAGUACAGAGUCAAGAAGAACAACUGGCCAAAGGUCAGAGGUGUCGCUAUGAACCCCGUCGAACAUCCCCAUGGUGGUGGUAAUCAUCAACAUAUCGGUCACGCCUCAACUGUUAAGAGACAUGACCCAGCUGGUAAGAAAGUUGGUCUCAUUGCUGCUCGUAGAACAGGUAAGCUCAGAGGAAAGGUUGAUGUCGAUUGCGCAGCUGGUAAGAAAGUUGGUCUCAUUGCUGCUCGUAGAACAGGUAAGCUCAGAGGAAAGGUUGAUGUCGAAGAUACAAUCAUUGCAAUCGACACCAAGCAUAACGAUAUAAUCAUUCAACAACUAAAAGAUUCUAUAUUGGAUAUCUUCAUUAACAGUCAACAAAGUAUCGUAAAAGAUACAAGAGUAGAACUAAAUGGUGAAUACGGGUGCAACCUCAUCGUACAAAAUGUUUGCUCUGACUGGCCACUGGAUAGAGAUGCAGACUAUUGCAAGACAGAGUGCGCUAUAGCCAAUUAUGUUGAUCCAAACGACCGAUUGGUAUUCCACAGUAACACUUGCAAUAAUCGUAUUGGAGGUGUCCCUUGCGGUAAGGCAAUUCUCGCAUAUGCAAAAUGCAAGUCAAAGAAAGAGCAAAAAAAUGCCACCUACACCACCAGAACAUCUCCUCGUAAAGCAAAGAAGAAUAUCACAAAGAACAAGAAAGCUGAGCCAAAACCAACAACAGUAAAAGAUUCAAUGGAUUUAUCUAGAAUUAAAAGGUCAACAAAUGAAGAAAUGUGCACCCUCAACAACGUAGAUCCAUACUGA